AUGCAGUACGCGCCAUAUGCGUCCGAUAUCGAGCUGCCGUUCUAUACGGCGCUCGCCUCACAUAAGAUCAACCAUGACAAGCUGGAUGACUCCGCCCGAUCCGUGCUGGGGCUCUAUGAGAUCCGCUCCACCGACGCUGACAACGCGAGUUGUCGAAUCCAGAUCCAUGGAAAUGCCCUUGUGAAUACUGAAGCACCGGCGGGUUUUUACCGCGCAGAAGGCAUGAUCAAAAAUGUCAACACGAUCGAGGAUUAUCGUAACAUGGAUAAACAGCGGAUGAUCCUCCAAGCGGGGAAAACGAUCUGGGAUGCUAUUAACGACGGCACUAUCUACUCCUGUCCGUCUUUGCUAUCGUCGUUUAUCAUUCUCUCCUUUGCCGAUUUGAAGAAAUACAAAUUCUAUUACUGGUUUGCGUUCCCUGCCGUCCAUUCCGAUCCGUCUUGGGUCCCCGUGACCUCAGCCGAGUCCCGUCAGGCACAUGACGGGAGCGCACCUCCAGGAGAAAACCUGGCUUCUCAAGACAGCGCUGCUCUUGUGGACGCAGUGCAAACGUGGAGUUAUGGAGUCGAUAGUCGACAGCGCGGAUUUUUCCUAGCCCGCAAGCUGCGCACAGCUUCUGGCAACUCAUCCGGGGGCUCCUGGAGAAUCGCCUCGCUGUCGGAAUACGAGAACGGCUUCUUCACAGGGGCGGCGUCUGAGGAUCGGUAUGUCUGCUUUGCAGAUCCUUCCAAUUACGAGAACGCUCCCGGCUGGAUGCUUCGCAAUCUGUUGGUCCUUGUGAAGCAACGAUGGGGUCUAGAUCGGGUGCAGAUUCUACGGUAUCGCGACGUCCAGUCAAAGCGAGAUCAGGGUCGCAGCAUGGUCAUUCGUCUUGAGUCGAAACUCGUUGGAGAUGAAGCUAGCUCGACUGCCAAAUCUCAGCAAAUAUCUGGUCAAAUUCCUAAGAUCACUGGCUGGGAGCGUAAUCCAGCCGGCAAGUUGGCGGGCAGGAUUGUCAACCUAACGGAAUAUAUGGAUCCCACCAGGCUAGCAGACCAGUCGGUUGACCUCAAUCUUAAACUCAUGAAAUGGCGCAUUAGCCCGUCACUGAAUCUUGAGAAGAUCAAGCACACCAAAUGUCUUUUGCUUGGCGCUGGCACUCUCGGGAGCUAUGUUGCCCGCAACCUGUUGGGAUGGGGAGUGAAGCAAAUCACGUUUGUAGACAACGGCACUGUUUCAUUCUCUAACCCUGUCCGCCAGCCUCUCUUUACAUUUGCCGACUGCUUGAAUGGCGGUGCACCAAAAGCUCAUCGGGCUUCAGAAGCCUUGAAGGAUAUUUACCCUGGGGUCGAAACAUCCGGACACCUUCUUUCUGUGCCCAUGGCUGGCCACCCUAUUCUGGAUGAGGACGCUACGCGGGCAGAAUUCGAAGCCCUCCAAAAGCUUAUUGACAAGCACGAUGCCAUUUUCCUUCUGAUGGACACGCGAGAAUCACGAUGGCUACCCACGGUGAUGGGAAAAGCAGCAGGGAAGAUUGUAAUGAAUGCGGCAUUGGGUUUCGAUUCCUUCGUUGUCAUGCGUCAUGGAAUCUCUGAAACAGGAGAUGCUCCGGCGGAUCUAGGAUGCUACUUCUGUAAUGAUGUUGUAGCACCAGCGAAUUCGAUCAAAGAUCAGACUCUCGAUCAACAAUGUACCGUCACCCGCCCAGGGGUUGCUGCAAUAGCCUCUGCACUCCUAGUGGAACUGCUCGUCUCGAUCAUUCAGCAUCCGCAGGGUGCCGCAGCGCCAGCGCCAGCGACCCGCAGUGAUGAUCGAGGGGACCAUCCGCUAGGGCUUGUGCCACAUCAAAUUCGAGGGUUCCUUGCAACGUUUGAAAAUAUGACCGUCACCGGCAAGAGUUACUCGUGCUGUAGCGCUUGUUCGGACAAGGUCACCAGCGCAUAUCAAGAGCAAGGCUGGGACUUCGUCCGAAAGGCCCUGAACGAGCGAGGGUAUGUGGAGGAAUUGAGCGGACUCAAAGAGGUCCAAGAGAAAGCCGAGGCAGCCUUGGCCGAUGUCGAGUGGGACGAAGCCUCGGAGAAUGACGAGAUCGAGAUGCUGUAG